GUAUGGUGGUGAUAUUUAAACCUGCAAAUCCAACAUGUCUGCGCCCAUCGUUCAACACUGAACAGCAACCAAGAAUAUCAAUAGUUAAAAUUGUGUUGUUUUCAGUAUCACCUUUAAAGUGAAACAUAAAUAAACAGUUAUGGCUACGAUAUCAGAGCAAGAAAACAAAAUGCUGAAUCUUCAGUUGCAGAUGAAACAAAAUAAUGAAGAUUUGAAGAGUUUCUUGGGCGAUCUUGACAACUGGGAACAGGAGAUGAAACAGAUUGAUUCCAAAUUGAAAAGUAAAAAGCCAUCAGAAGAAAUGAAAUUACCACCAGUGAGAAACAGCCUGGACAAGAAGAAAAUGAAAAAGAAGGUGAAGAAAAGAAAAGAUGGAAGUGACAGUAAACCAAAGAGAAUAAGCAGUUAUGAUUACAGAUCUUGGGACAAGUUUGAUGUUGACAAGGCAUGUGAAAGUAACAGUGACAAAUCAUCUGAUGGCGAGUAUGAAACAGACGAGGAGUGGGAGACAGAACGGAAGAAACAAGCUGCAGUUCUUGAAAAAGAUAAGGGUAAUGAAUACUUCAAGAAGGGGGACUAUGCCAAUGCUAUAGAAUGCUACACAAAAGGAAUUGACUAUGAUCCAACAAAUCCACUGCUACCUGCUAAUAGAGCUAUGGCACUUCUUAAACAGGACAAGUUUGGAGCAGCAGAACUUGAUUGUUCAGUGGCCUUGACCUUAGAUCCCCUGUAUACAAAAGCUUACUUGAGACGUGCCUCAGCUAGACUAGGAUUGAAAAAGUACACUGAGGCAAAAUUAGACUUUGAGAAAGUACUACAGUUGGAACCACAGAAUAAGAAAGCUAAAUCAGAUCUUGAAUUGAUAGAAAAGGAGUUAGCAAAGGAAAAACUUGUCACACAUUCAGACACAGCAGCCAACCCUAACCUUGGUAUAGUUAAAGCAAUCUCCAAAGCCCCUAGUGAGAGAUCACAGAAACCUUUAAGAAGAAUCACUAUAGAGGAAGUAGGAGUGGAUGAAGUUGAUAUAAGAUCUGCUGUGGCUAAAGCUGAGGCUUCCCAGAGCCAGGCUAAGAGAGAUAUUGUAGAGAAAGAAGGGGAUAGUUUUAUGAGGUUCACUGCUAAUUCUCCAGCAGAUAUUACGUCCCUCAGUGUUAGAAACACUUCUGUUAAUACUGACCCUUGUUCAGAAAGUAACAGUGAUAAAACGAAAACUAUAUGUGAUAAAGACUUACCCAAUGGUGAUAGAAAUCAACCAACUGCUGUAACAAACUCAAAAACCAAGGACGUAUCAGUGAACAAAUCACGGCAAGUUGGUAAUGUAAAUUAUAGUGGCAGUAAUACAAGUGCUUCUUCUAGAGGUGGACAGACAUCUCCACGAGACAACCUUAUUCCAGUGAAUUCAGUGCAAUUUCAAGCUGACUACAGAAGAUUGAAAUCUGACAAACAAGCAUUUUACCAAUAUUUCAAGAAAAUCCCGCCAUCAGAUUAUACAAAGUUGUUUGGACAAUUUCUUGAUGCAGACGUUUUACAGACAAUCUUAUUGGUGAUCAAAAGAUGUUACAUUCCAAAUGGGGAUAAUUGUUGGGAAUGCCUCAAGAAUCUAGCUACAGUCAAACGGUUCUCUAUGGUUGCAAUGUUUAUGUCCAAAAAAGAUAAAGAAGUUUUAACAGACAUUUUCACACAUUUGAGGGACUGUGGACACCAUCCAGAGACUGACAUCAAUGCUUUAGCCUUGCAGUAUGACCUGAGAUAACCUCAAUGUUUAACCAUCACUGUCUGAACAAGACUUAUUUUCUGUAUGAUUUGUGUUUAAUAAAAAGUUUUUGAAAUGUU